AACCUGGGAUUACUUGCUCACCUUGCUAAUGGCUGGAACUGGGGGAUGCAGCUGCUUGGGGUUUCCUGAACAGAAACCAUAGCUAUUUGUUACAGCAUAUGGCAUGUAUUUGACAAGGGAUAUUUAUGACUCUAUGAGCAGCAUGGAAAGCAGGAAACAGUAUAUAUAGACUGAACUGUUCAGGGCUGCGAAGAAAGGAGGGAGAUACCACAGUGCUGGUUUUGUAGCUGAAGGCAGUGUCACAGGUCUGAUUUCCAAUCUGGAGGGUGUGAGGAAGGGUUGUUGUUAUUUCUUGCUGUUAGAUAUUUUGUUUUGGUGCUCCUGACCCAGGAACGGGGAGAAAUCCUACAAUAUCCCAAGGCGGUGAAUGCAGUGGCACAGUUAAGCUGCACAGAUGGAGUGACUGGCUGAGGGUGAAGAGGCUUUGGUGAAGCUGACUUGAUUCCUUGGAGCUCUCUGGACAGAAGCGUGAGGGGCUGUAGAGAUGGGCUCUGAACACUGCUUGUGCCUCAUUUUCUGUCAACACAGCAGUUGAUUCUAAAACAGGUUAUCGAACUAUUGACAAAACCUCUUUGGCUUUGUGUGCUGCUGGGUGUUUAAAGAAAUGGGGAAAAACUACUUACUUUCCCAUGAGUUCCAGUGUUAGGUACAGACAGGACCUUUUGGUUUUUAGCACUUCCCUCACAAGCUCACAGAUGGAUCUGAAGAGGAACUUCUUACAAACCACUGUGUUUUGGUUUGUAACUAACUUGAAGAUAACUAGAGAUUUAUUUCUUUUUUAGCAGAUUUUUAAUUCCCAUCUCAUGUAUUUGAGAGCUAAUGGUGAUCACGACGUCACAGACCAAAUAUUUUCCACUGCUAAGCAAGAGAGGGAUGAGACAGCUAAAAUUUCCCGCUUAGUGGCUUUCAACCAAAGCCUGACAUGAACGAAGGAAAAGGCAAGAAACUCCCAAGAUGAGUCACAGAAGUGGGUGUUUCCACAGAAUGAGAUUUCAGGACAGAGCCACCGAUCUAGCACUAGUGAACAAAGAAUAGUAAACCCAGCUCAGGACUGGCAGAGAGGAGUCCUACAUACACAGCACUGCUUCCUACCAUGGAUUGUAGCUGAGCUGCUUUCUUCCUGUGACAGACGACCUUCAUGUUGGUGUUGUUUAUGCCAGAACACAGUAAGCAAGGCACAUUAACUCCAGCCUCGUGUCCACCUUUAAUUGGCCAACACAAUGCAAUUGAAUAUAAAUUCCAGGUGGCUUUGGAAAUGAAAGAGAACUGAGCUCUGGCUGGAAGCUGAACGUGAUGACGGCCUGGUCUAUGGUGGGGAAGCUGAAAAUGGAGAAGAGGCACUCCAGAGGAGACAGAAAUGUGGAACAAGAUGCUGGGGAAUGCAGUGCUGAAUCUGAGGAAUGGACGAGCUCAGAAAGUGAACCUGAGCAACCGUACUUCAGAAGCAGCUGUAGCAAUACUCAGUGGAGAGAAAAGGAGGUUUCCACUAAACCACAUCGGCCACUCUGUCGCUCCCCUUGCUUGGAUCGCCCAAGUUUUUCACAGAGCAGUAUCACACAAGACUUGAAGCUAGAUGAAUGCAAAACAAAUUUGGACAAGGAAUACCAAGCUAAAAUGGAUUUUGCUUUAAAGCUUGGGUACGCAGGAGAUCAGAUCCAGGCUGUACUGAAUAAACUGGGAGCAGAUGCGCUCAUCAAUGAUGUUCUGGCAGAGCUUGUGAGACUUGGCAACAAAAGUGAAUCAGAGGGACAAAGCAGUGCCAGCAGUACCGCCAGUACUCUGGUGCCAAGAGGCCCUUGCCCAAAGGAAAUAGCAAGCCCUGAACUAUCACUUGAAGAUGAAGUUGUGGAUAACAGCGAUAACUUGAGGCCAAUUGUCAUUGAUGGAAGCAAUGUGGCUAUGAGCCAUGGGAAUAAAGAAGGCUUUUCCUGUCGGGGGAUUCAACUAGCUGUGGAUUGGUUUCUGGAGAAAGGGCAUAAAGAUAUCACUGUGUUUGUACCUGCAUGGAGGAAAGAACAGUCUCGACCUGAUGCACCAAUUACAGAGCAAGAAAUCCUACGUAAAUUGGAGAAAGAGAAAAUUCUUGUUUUCACCCCAUCUCGAAGAGUUCAGGGAAGAAGAGUGGUUUGCUAUGAUGACCGAUUCAUAGUGAAGCUUGCUUUCGACUCGGAUGGUAUCAUCGUAUCCAAUGACAACUAUCGGGAUCUUCAGAAUGAAAAACCAGAAUGGAAGAAGUUCAUAGAGGAGCGGCUGCUGAUGUAUUCUUUUGUGAAUGACAAGUUUAUGCCUCCUGAUGAUCCUUUAGGACGCCAUGGUCCAAGCCUUGAAAAUUUCUUAAGGAAAAGGCCAGUUAUUCCUGAGCAUAAGAAACAACCGUGUCCUUAUGGUAAAAAGUGCACCUAUGGGCACAAAUGUAAAUAUUACCACCCAGAACGGGCAAACCAGCCUCAAAGGUCAGUAGCGGAUGAGCUUCGAAUAAGUGCCAAAUUAUCUGCUGUGAAAACUAUGAGUGAGGGAGCCUUGGCCAAAUGUGGCACAGGGCCGUCCAGCUCCAAAGGAGAAAUCAGUUCUGAAGUGAAACGCAUUGCCCCAAAACGUCAGUCAGAUCCAAGCAUUAGAUCAGUAGCUGUGGAGCCUGAGGAAAAGUUAUCAAUAGCCCGGAAGUCUGAGGCCAGCUCUGUCCCGUCUCUGGUUUCUGCAUUAAGUGUACCAACGCUCCCUCCACCAAAAAGCCAUGCAGCUGGUGCAUUAAAUACUCGCUCUGCAAGCAGCCCGGUGCCAGGUUCCUCACAGUUCAUGCAUCAGAAAUCCUCACUGGAACAUAUGUCCAGUGUGCAAUAUCCUCCUAUACUAGUCACCAAUAGCCAUGGCACCUCAGUUAGCUAUACUGACCAGUAUCCCAAAUAUGAAUCAUUGGGGGACCAUGGCUAUUAUUCCUUACUCAGUGAUUUCUCCAACUUGAGCAUAAGUAGUAUCCGUAACACAGAUUAUUACGGGGCUGAUAUGGACCAGGGGAUGUAUUCUAGAAACUCAAGCCCCUGUCCUGACAGUUGCUUAAGCCAUACAAGUAAUGAUUCUUAUUCCUCUUACAAUGACUUGUAUCUGGGUGUAGCAGAUGCCAGUUCAGAAGACAAUGUGAAGAUCCACAGACUGCCAUCGCAAAAUCGUCUUCAGCCUUUUUCCCAUGGUUACCAUGAAGCCUUAAGUAGAGCUCAGAGUUAUGGAAGUGAAGAGCCUAAGCAAUCCCUUCGCAAACAGUCAGUUUCCCACUUAGGCCUCCAUGCCCAGCAUCCAGUUGUUGGAGCACGGUCCAGUUGUCCAGGAGAAUACCCUGUGCCUCAAAGCAUUCAUCCAUCAACUGCACAACCAAGCCGUGCCUUGGUCAUGACAAGAAUGGACAGUAUUUCUGACUCACGGCUUUAUGAAAGUAACCCUACGAGGCAGAGACGACCACCUCUCUGUCGAGAGCAGCAUGCUAGCUGGGAUCCAUUACCGUGUGCAUCAGACUCUUACACUUACCACUCCUAUCCACUGAGUAACAACCUCAUGCAGCCAUGUUACGAACCUGUAAUGGUAAGAAGCAUGCCUGAGAAGAUGGAGCAGCUCUGGAGGAAUCCCUGGAUUGGGAUAUGUGGGGAACCACGGGAACCUCAUAUCAUUCCAGAACAUCAGUAUCAAACAUACAAGAACCUCUGCAAUAUUUUCCCUCCAAGCAUUGUCCUUUCUGUGAUGGAAAAGAAUCCCCACAUGACAGAUGCACAACAGCUGGCAGCUAUGAUUGUUGCCAAAUUAAGAACAGGGCGUUAAAGCAUUACAGCCUCUUUUGGAUAGAUGAAACUACGCAGCAUUAGGACCUGGAGGAGAACGUAAAUGAAGAAGGAAGGGGCCAAUCUGUUGUAAAUAUUUUCUACUAAGAUAGUAUAAAAUUCUGUACACAGUAGCAAUCAUAUAUAUGCUGAGGCACUAUAUAAGAGUUUGAUUGUAUUGUAAAUUUUAAGGUUUUAAAUAUAGGGAUUUUUAAUAGUAUUUUAUAGGAAAUGCAUACCUUGCUGCAUGGAUAGCUCAUUAAGAACUACAAUGUCACGUUCAGUGUCUCAAAGCUGUUACUACAAAAUUAUUGUUAGCAAUUAUAUUGCAUGUAUUCGUGUACACUUUCAAUUUACUUAUAAAUACCUAAUCGGCCUUUAAAAGUAAGCUCUGUACACACCCAGAUGACUUCUAGGGUUUCAGCUUUGCCAUCUGACACUGCCCACUGGCAUAGGAAAUAUUGAAGGAAAAGUAAACUUGAUGGAAAUUAAAAUCCUCACUUUGUAAAAGGAAAAACUGAUUU